AUGUGCGGGUAUCGGUACACCACGGGGCCCAGAGCAGGAAAGAAGGAGGAAGAGGAGGAGGAGCAGCCUGCAGCAGUAAAGGAGGAAGAGGAGGAGCAGCCUGCAGUAGUAAAUGAGGAAGAGGAGGAGGAUCCUGCAGUAGUAAAGGAGGAAGAGGAGGAGGAGCCUGCAGUAGUAAAGGAGGAAGAGGAGGAGGAGGAGGAAGAGCAUGCAGCAGUAAAUGAGGAAGAGGAGGAGGAUCCUGCAGUAGUAGAGGAGGAAGAGCCUGCAGUAGUAAAGGAGGAAGAGGAAGAGCAGCCUGCCGCAGUGAAGGAGGAAGAGGAGGAGCAUGUGGUGGAGAAGGUUUUGGACCGCAGAGUGGUGAAGGGAAGAGUAGAGUUUCUGCUGAAAUGGAAGGGGUUCUCAGAUGAGGAUAACACAUGGGAGCCACAAGACAACCUGGACCUGGACCUUAUCACCGAGUACCUGCAGAGACACGAGGAGACGGAGGGCACAAGGAAAGGUGUCAGGGAGGCAUCGGGAGACUCAGAGGAGCGAGGGAGCAAAAGAAAGGAGGAGGAGAAACAAUCCUUCACAACAUCUGAUACUUUAAAGAUUCAUCAGAGAGUUCACACUGGAGAGAAUCUACACAGCUGUGAUCAAUGUGGAGCAGCUUUCACACUGAAGAGUAACCUAAUAAUACAUCGACGCAAUCACACCGAAGAGAAACCAUACCGGUGUGAUCAAUGUGGGAAAACCUAUACUAAUAGUUGGAGCAUUAAAUAUCACCAACGUGUUCACAACGGAGAGAAGCCAUACUCGUGUGAACACUGUGGGAAAACGUUUUCUGUGAGUAGUAGCCUUAAAUCUCACCGACGCAUUCACACUGGAGAGAAGCCGUACGGCUGCGAUCUAUGUGGUAAAACAUUUUCUGAAAGCAGUAGUCUUAAAUGUCACCAACGUAUUCACACCAAAGAGAAGCCGUACUUGUGUGAACAAUGUGGGAAAACGUUUUCUGUGAGUAGUGCCCUUAAAUCUCACCAGCGUGUUCACACUGGAGAGAAACCGUACCGGUGUGAUCAAUGUGGGAAAAUCUUUACUCACAGUAGUGCCUUUAAAGAUCACCAGCGUGUUCACACCGGAGAGAAGCCGCACUGGUGUGAACAAUGUGGGAAAAUGUUUUCUCGGAGUAGUUACCUUAAAAAACAUCAACGCAUUCACACUCGAGAGAAGCCAAAAUAAUAGGGGGGGGCUGCGCAGAGAGUAAGUGGAGGGAUCCAAACAGGCACGGCUUUACAGAUGAAAUGGGUCAUGUAAGAAAAAAUUAAACCAUAUCAAUUUGCUUAGUUUGUGGAGAAGCAGUGGAUGCGAGGACAUUACGACACUACGCUCUGCCCUGCCACGUCCUGCUGUGCCUUGAAAUGCCCACAGUGCCCUGCUAUGCCAUGAACUACUAUAAAGAACUACUACAAACUACUAUUUUUUUUAUUAUUGCCACUCUUCAUUCUAACCCCAACCGGCCCGUCAGACACCGCCUUACAAGA